UUAAUAUGAAGUCAGAUUCGCUCCGAGACUUCAGUGAAAUUUAUUAUCCAUAAAACUGACUAGUCUGAUUUCCAUUUUGAGUUUUGGAUCGUGAGCAUGGGGGGCGGCGCGAGCAAGGAUAAGAACAGUCGUCUCCUUGAGACGAUCAUCGACCAUGAGAAGGAGAUUAACUGCAUGGCGCUGUCUGAAGACCAGAGUCUGCUGGUCACGGGCUCAGAAGACUGCACCGCCAGGAUGUGGAGCACGAAGAGCGACGAGACCGAGUGCCUCGGCAUUCUCAAAGGCCACCUGAGCUACAUCACGUGUAUUGGCAUCAGCGACGUGUUCGUCGUCACAGGGUCUAGCGACAAGACCAUCAGAAAGUGGGAUAUGACCACCUGCGAGUGUGUCUACGUUUACAGGGGUCACGAAGCUCGCGUUCAGCGAAUCAUCUGCACGGGCGAGUUUAUCUUCUCGACGUCGUACGACAAGAGCGCCAAGGCUUGGCUCUUUGAUGAGGAGGACUUGUCAGACGAUCCUGCCGAGUUGACGCAGGCACAGCUCGACAACGCCAUGUGCAUCAGGACUUUCAAGGGUCACACGAAGGCGGUGUAUCCAAUCAUCUACAUCCCAGCCCCUGAUGAUGGCGCAGAAUCACCUGAUGAGAUGUCGAUCAGCCCUAACGACAUCAUCAUUACGGGCAGCGGCGACAAGACGGCUAAAUCUUGGUCUUUUCUUUACGGAACUUGUCUUCAGACGUUUAAGGGGCACAAAGAUACCGUAGCGUCCAUGGUGACAGACUCGACUGGCAGAACCCUGUACACGGGCAGCGCUGAUAGGACCAUCCGCUCCUGGAACAUCCAGCGCGGCGAGUGUCUCAAGGUGAUGGAAGGCCACGAAGGUCCCGUCAUUUCCUUGACGGUCGUCAACCGCCUGCUGUACUCAGGCAGUCAGGACGGCACAGCGCGCUGCUGGGUGCGCGAGUUCGGCGACUGCACCAGAGUCUACAGAGGCGCUAAGCACUCCAUCGUCAGCGUCAAGCUGCACAAUGGCAUACUGUUUACCGCCAGCGGAGAUACGUGCGCUCGUGCCUACGAUCCCAAGACCGCGGCACUGAAGAAGACCUUCCAGGGCCACAUGACGGGCGUCCUCUGCAUGACUUUCGUCGGCAACAAAAUGUACACCGGCGGCUCAGAUUCAACCUUGAGGGUGUGGGACAUUAAAGACGUUCACCAAGAUCAGGAACCUCAGGAAGAAGAAGAUGAAGAUGCAGCGCCACUCCCUCCUCCAGUCCCGACCAGGCGUCUGGAGGAAAACCAAGACAUUGAAGAUGACGACGAAGAUUCGAGCCCGAAACUGAACUUGCAAAGCCUGGACGAGCAAAGCGGACGCAUCGGUGGGUACGACAACGUGGACAUGAGUCGUGGCUGAUGGAAUUAGCCAUCGACUGAUACGACAACGUGGACAUGAGUCCUUGAUCUCAUGGACACAUUGAAGGGAACGAAAACUUGGACAUCGUGGGUAAUCCCAUGACCUCAUCAACUUGUACGACAACAGGGACACAAAUCGUGGGUGAUCGAAUGAAUUCAUAGAGGUUACGACAACGUCGACAUCAGUCGUGGGAGAUCGCAUGAACAGCGGGGCGGGUACGACAACUUGGGCAUGAAAUAGAUCGAGGGUAUGACAACUUGGGCAUGAAAUAGAUUGAGGGUACGACAACUUGGACAUCGUGGGUAAUCCCAUGACCAAAUUCAUCAACUUGUACGGCAACAGGGACAUAAAUCGUGGGUGAUCGAAUGGAUUCAUUGGGGUUACGACAACGUCGACAUCAGUCGUGGAAGAUCGCAUGAACACCUAGGCGGGUACGACAACUUGGGCAUGAAAUAGAUUGAGGGUACGACAACUUGGACAUCGUGGGUAAUCCCAUGACCUCAU